AAUCACGUGAUUCAUACAAUCCUCCUUCCUCGCUUCACCUGAUCGGAUCUUCAGCUUCACAUUUUCUCUCAAAAACCUGAUACGAACAUAGCUCUACUUCAAUCGGAGUUAAGCAUUAACUCUUAUUUUCUUAUCCCCGUUACCAAACACCCAAUCGGAACAAUGUCUUCGGUUUUCGGCGGCGAUGAGACUGCUCCCUUCUUCGGCUUCCUCGGAGCCGCGGCUGCUCUCGUCUUCUCUUGCAUGGGUGCAGCUUAUGGGACAGCAAAGAGCGGGGUGGGCGUGGCUUCCAUGGGCGUGAUGCGGCCUGAGCUUGUGAUGAAGUCUAUAGUUCCAGUAGUCAUGGCUGGAGUUUUGGGAAUUUAUGGGUUAAUUAUAGCUGUUAUUAUUAGUACCGGUAUUAAUCCAAAAGCAAAAUCUUAUUAUCUUUUUGAUGGGUAUGCUCACUUGUCCUCUGGUCUUGCUUGUGGCCUUGCCGGGUUGUCUGUAUAUAUAUAUCAAUUUAAAUUUUAUAGACUAUGA